UUUGAAUCUAGUUUCUGAUCAUCCACGUCCUUUGGGAAGAUGGGUUUUGCGGUUUCUGAUGAAUUGUUGGCAAUUUUUGUUCCUAUCAUUUUAUAUUGGGUUUGUUCUGGGAUUUAUGUUCUUCUGGGUUCAUUGUUUGAGAAUUACCGGUUACAUUCAAAGAUUGAUGAGGAUGAGAAGAAUUUGGUGCCUAAACGAACUGUGGUCAAGGGGGUUCUUCUUUAUCAAACUUUUCAAGCUGUUGUUGUAAGCCUUUUGUUUAUGUUCACAGAGAAUGUUAAAGGGGACACUGCAGGUCCAAACCCUUCUCUAAUGGUUUUGGCACGACAAUUUAUUAUUGCAAUGUUGGUUUUGGAUACUUGGCAAUACUUCGUGCAUAGAUACUUUCACCACAGUAAGUUUUUGUACAAGCACAUCCAUUCUCUACAUCACCGCCUUAUUGUUCCCUACGCGUUUGGAGGUAUUUAUCAUCAUCCCUUGGAAGGGCUUAUCACUGACGUAAUUGGCGGCGCCUUAGCAGUUCUCCUAUCUGGCAUGUCUCCACGAGCUUCCAUCUUCUUCUUCUCCUUCACCACUGUUAAGAAUGUUGAUGAUCAUUGUGGAUUGUGGUUUCCCCAUUGGAACCUCUUUCACAUUUUUUUUAGAAACAAUACCGCAUUUCAUGAUAUUCAUCAUCAGCUGCAUGGAAGCAAGUACAACUUUGCCACACCAUUCUUUGUUCAUUGGGAUAGAAUACUCGGAACCUAUAUGCCUUACUCGCUAGAAGAGAGAAUCGGUGGCGGCUUUGAAGCACGACCUUUAAAAGAUUACAAGGAUGAUUGAUUAUUGUAUGAUCAACAUAAACAUAUUAUUACUUUUACCAACAUAUAAUGUUGCUUAUAAAGUAAACCCUUGUUGCUUUUAAAAUAAAUAAUGUAGUUUUUCAUU